GAAUAAGACCAGUGUAAAUACGAUCUCCCGCGUGUGAAAUUCAAAUCUUUCGCACAAACACGUGGAGAUCGUCAAUUAAUUAAUAUAACAUUCAUUUUAUUAUUAUCUAUUCAAAAUAUUAUUUACUUAUUAUGUUUCGGUUUAGAGUAGUUUGGGUUAGUCUUACACUCCUAGGUGCCACAACAGCAUCUCCGCUACCGAAAGAUGAUGAGAAGUCUGUUGGAAAUGAAAAAUUAAAUGAAAAAACUCUCCGACAAGUGACACUAUUAAUGAGACAUGGACAACGAGCACCAGUAAGUACAUAUCCAAAUGACCCUUACUUGAAUUCUACAAUGGAACCUUAUGGAUGGGGGCAACUUACAAAUAAAGGUAGACUCAAUGUCUAUAACGAAGGCUUAUACCUACGAGAUCGUUAUGGAAAUUUUCUGGGUUCUGAAUAUACUCCAACAAAAUUUUGGCUUCAAAGUACUUCAGCAGAUAGAGCCAAAAUGACUGCAAUGAUUCUUGCAUCUGCUCUCUGGAAGCCAGAUGAAAAACAAACAUUUAAACCUGAUGUUAAUUGGCAACCUGUUGUACUUCACUAUUGGACACGAACUGAAGAUAAGCUAUUAAUUAUCUGGAAUGCUUGUCCCAAAUAUACUAUGGAACGUAUGAAAAUCCAGAAUGAAACAUUAGUCCAGAAUAUGAAUAAAAAGUAUAAACCAAUGUUCGAAGAAGUUGAGCACUUGUCUGGUCAAAAAAUGAAUUCUCUGAGCGAUAUUAGUGAUAUUUAUGGUACAUUAAAAUCAGAAGAAACUAUGGGUCUUCAAUUACCGGAAUGGACUAAAGACUACUAUCCCGAACAAAUGGAGCCAUUAUCAAACUUCCACCUUGCUAUGAACGUGUUCAAUGAAGAACUUCGACGACUAGCAGGUGGGCCAUUUUUGAAAAAAUUAACUCGCAAAAUGAAGGAAAAAGCUGAGGGAACGUUAAAGCCUCCACAAAGAAAAAUGUACGCAUAUAUUGCUCAUGACAAUACUCUAGCCAACAUUUUAACUGCACUAAAUGUAUGGGAUCGCAAAGAUCCAGGAUAUAAUGCUAUGAUUUUGUUUGAACUCCAUGAAAAUCAUGAAAAAUGGUAUGUUCAAGUAUUUUAUAAAAAUUCUCCCGAUUACAAAACUGAACCGCUUGAUAUUCCUGGAUGUGGUACCUCUUGUACUUUAGACGAAUUUAUAGAAGCUACUAAGUCAGUAAUUCCAGAAAAUUAUGAAGAAGAAUGUAAAGUAGACGACCCUAAUUAUGUAAUUCCAAACGCACCACCAGCGUGAAAAUAAUUAAAAAACUUCUAUUAGAUUGACUAAAAUAUUAGAAAAAAAAUGAUCUGUGAUUUUGAGAAUUAAUUGAAUUAAUCGAGAAUUACCAGUCCAAAAAAAAAUAUAGGAUUAG